UACACGCGUAAAUUGUAGCAAUGAGUUGCUUUUGUUAUACAGCAUCUUCUAUGAAGAAUGGAUGUGUAUUAGCUUAGUUCAAAGUACAAACGGAUCACUGUGUUACUGUUGGUUUAGGGAAAAGGCAUCUCUUUUAUCACCUGGGCUUUCAUUUUUGUGUUAUGAAUAUAUGUGAUCAAGAGGAAUGAUUGCUUUUACUUAAUAUAGUAUUUCGUUUAUUCAUGGAUGAAACAAGACAGAUUAUGUUGGUUAAAAUGAAAAGAACAAGACAGAUUAUAAAGCAACGAGCUUUAGCAAUGAUCAACAGAGUAAUUAAAGACAAGAUGAGGCCCGCCAUCCUCGGCGGGUGUGUGAAAACAGAGGGGCCCAUUGCUGAACAGAGCGGCAGAAGCAAUUUGCAGAAGAGAACUCUCUAGCACAUGUGCGUUUCAGUUUUCACACUGCCAACUUUGUUUCAUCUUGGGAUCUCUCUCUCUCUCUCUCCCCCUCCCCCCCUUCCUCUUUCUCUGUGCACAGAAACUUGAGAAAAGGAUACCAGGAAGACAUAAACGGAGAAAUCCGAUGCCAUUACCUGUACUAUCUUCUUGGUUUUUCACAACCCUUCUGUGCUUCUUACACGUUGCUUUUGCUGGAGACCCUUUUGUUUUCUACGAUUGGACUGUCUCCUACAUUGCAGCUUCCCCUCUUGGAGUUAAACAAAAGGUAAUUGGGAUCAAUGGGCAGUUUCCUGGACCAGUAGUGAAUGUCACCACAAACUGGAACGUUGUUGUCAAUGUCAAGAAUGACCUUGAUGAGCCAUUACUCCUGACAUGGAAUGGCUUACAACACAGGAGAAACUCAUGGCAAGACGGAGUUUCUGGAACUAACUGUCCAAUUCCUGCUGGCUGGAAUUGGACAUAUGAGUUUCAAGUCAAAGAUCAGAUAGGGAGCUUUUUCUACUUCCCUUCCCUAAACUUUCAAAGAGCUGCAGGUGGAUAUGGUGGAAUUAUCAUAAACAACCGACCUGUUAUUCCUGUUCCCUUUGGAUUGCCAGAUGGUGAUAUUACAAUACUUCUGAGUGAUUGGUACACCAAAAGUCACGAGGCGCUCAGGAAAGAUGUAGAAGAUGGACAUGACCUUGGAAUCCCUGAUGGCGUGCUUAUUAAUGGUCUAGGUCCUUACCGCUAUGAUGACACACUUGUCCCUGGUGGCAUUUCUUACCAGAUAAUAAAUGUUGAACCAGGGAAAACAUAUAGACUACGGGUGCACAAUGUUGGUAUUUCCACUAGCUUGAAUUUUAGGAUACAAAAUCACAACUUGAUUCUUGUGGAGACUGAGGGCUCAUAUACGGUUCAGCAAAACUAUGCAAGCAUGGAUAUUCAUGUGGGUCAGUCAUAUUCGUUCUUGGUUACAAUGGACCAAAAUGCCACCACUGACUACUAUAUUGUAGCAAGUCCUCGAUUUGUUAAUUCUUCCUGGGCUAAAGCUACUGGAGUUGCCAUUUUGCAUUACUCUAAUUCCCAGGGACCUGCUUCAGGUCCUCUUCCCAGUCUUUCUGAUCAAGAUGAUCCUUCUUUCUCAAUAAAUCAAGCACGAUCGAUAAGGUGGAAUGUAUCAGCUGGUGCUGCACGCCCAAACCCGCAGGGAUCUUUCAGAUAUGGUGAUAUUACUGUCACAGAUGUUUAUGUUAUUCUUAACAGACCUCCAGAGCUUGUAAAUGGAAAGUGGCGUACUACCCUCAAUGGGAUAUCGUAUCUACCUCCUUCAACACCCCUGACGCUAGCACAGCAAUAUAAAAUUCUAGGGGUGUACAAGCUUGAUUUUCCAAAUAAAUUGAUGAACAGACCUCCAAAAGUUGAUACCUCUCUGAUCAAUGCUACUUACAAAGCAUUUAUUGAGAUAAUCUUCCAAAACAAUGACACUACAGUGCAGACCUAUCAUUUGGAUGGCUAUGCAUUCUUUGUUGUUGGCAUGGAUUUUGGAAUAUGGUCAGAAAAUAGCAGAAGCACAUAUAACAAGUGGGAUGGUGUGGCUCGCUCAACUACACAGGUCUUUCCUGGGGCUUGGACAGCCAUUUUAGUUUAUCUCGACAAUCCUGGUAUUUGGAACCUUCGUGCCGAGAAUCUCAACUCUUGGCAUCUUGGCCAAGAACUUUAUGUCCAAAUUGUAGACCCAGAAAUGAAAGAUACGGAAGCUGCUUCGCCUGAAAAUGCAAUAUACUGUGGUUUACUUUCAUCCCUACAAAAGGAACAGUCUCACAAAUUCCUGUUCUCUGCAGCAUCAUCUCUCUGCAUUAAACAUAGAAGAAUAUUAUUAAUGUUAUUGUUAGCAUUUCUUGGGAAUUUUGUUUUGUAAUUGAGUUUCAUAACCUGUAAUGGGAUCAAGCUUGAUUUGUAAUAUGAAAAUGAUCAUUUCAAAUUUUAUAGUCACAAUUACGGAAAAAGAAAUUUUUUU